UUAAAAUCUUCGCAAACCCUAAUUUUCUCACUCAUCUCCAUUCGGCUGCGACCUCCUUAAUCACCUACAGAUUUCUUCUUCAUUCUUCAUCCUUUUUUUCUGUAAAAGAUUUCUUGAUCCGAAAUGGGUAGAGUUCGAACAAAAACCGUGAAGAAAUCCUCUCGUCAAGUCAUCGAGAAAUACUACUCAAAGAUGACUCUUGAUUUUCACACUAACAAGAAGGUUCUAGAAGAAGUAGCCAUCAUCCCAUCAAAAAGGCUUCGUAACAAGAUUGCUGGAUUCUCGACCCAUCUCAUGAAAAGGAUCCAAAAAGGUCCAGUUCGUGGAAUCUCGUUAAAAUUGCAGGAAGAAGAAAGAGAAAGGCGUAUGGACUUUGUCCCAGAUGAAUCUGCCAUUAAAGUCGAUCGUAUUGAGGUUGAUAAAGAGACUCUUGAUAUGUUAGCUUCUCUUGGUAUGGGAGAUUUGCCUGGUCUUGUUGAGGUUGCUGCUGAAACUGCCCCUGUGGUUCCUACUCCUUUUGGCCGUGGUGCUGGUGGUGCUAGAAGGUUCUAAGAUCUUCUAAGAAUUGUUAUUAUUGCGUUUUCGAUGUUUUCAAGCAAUGCUUUUUUAAAAAAUUUCUAAAAAGUAAAGAAAUUUUGGUCUUUGUUUUGUAUUUGGUACUAUUGCUGAUUUAGUAAUUGGUGAAUUCUGUUUAAUUUGUGUUGUUUUUUCUGAAUAUAUUUGUUUGAUGGUGUUACUGGUAU